GAGGGGCCGGAGGAGCCGCUGCGAGCUCCGCUGUGGGCAGCGCAAGCUGGCGAGCAGCGCGGCGGCAGCGAGCGCGGACGGCGGGGGCACGGCACGCUCCGCUCUUGCGCCGCACCCCGGGGCCAUAGGUGCUCUUUAUGGCAUGUGGCUGGUAACUUUUUUCCUGCUGUACUCUUUGCGGAAAGCACACGCUGAAGAUGUUGGAACCAGCCUCUACUUUGUGAACGACUCUCUGCAGCAGGUCACCUUCUCCAGCACAGUGGGGGUGGUGAUCCCCUGCCCGGCAGCAGGGUCACCCAGCGCCGUCCUUCGGUGGUACCUCGCCACAGGCGACGACAUCUACGAUGUGCCCCACAUCCGGCAUGUCCAUGCCAAUGGGACUUUGCAGCUCUACCCCUUCUCGCCGUCAGCCUUCAAUAGCUUUAUCCACGACAACGACUACUUCUGCACCGCGGAGAACUCGGCAGGCAAAAUCAGGAGCCCAAAUAUCCGUGUUAAAGCAGUUUUCAGGGAACCGUACACUGUUCGGGUGGAGGACCAAAGGUCGAUGCGUGGAAACGUGGCUGUUUUCAAGUGCCUCAUCCCCUCAUCAGUGCAGGAAUAUGUUAGUGUUGUGUCCUGGGAGAAAGACACCGUUUCUAUCAUCCCAGAAAAUAGGUUUUUUAUUACUUCGUACGGAGGUUUGUACAUAUCGGACGUGCAGAAGGAGGAUGCCUUGUCCACGUACCGGUGUAUCACCAAGCACAAGUACAGCGGGGAGACGCGCCAGAGCAACGGCGCCAGGCUCUCGGUGUCAGACCCGGCGGAGUCCGUCCCCACCGUGCUAGACGGCUUCCAGUCGCGGGAGGUGGGGGCGGGCCGGCCCGUGGAGCUGCCCUGCAUCGCCUCGGGCUACCCCAACCCCGCCGUCCGCUGGAUCAAGGACGGGCGCCCGCUGCCCGCCGACGGCCGCUGGACCAAGCGCGUCACGGGCCUCCUGAUCAGCGAGCUGCGCGUGGAGGACGGCGGGACCUACGUCUGCGAGGUCACCAACACCUUCGGGUCCGCGGAGGUCACGGGGACCCUCACGGUCAUAGACCCGCUGCGUGUGACCCUCACACCAAAGAAGCUCAAAACGGGCAUCGGCAGCACCGUCAUCCUCUCCUGCGCCCUCAGCGGGUCCCCGGAGUACGUCAUCCGCUGGUACCGCAACACGGACCUCGUGGCGGUGGACGACUACAUCUCCAUCCGCGGCAUCAGCAACGAGACCCUGCUCAUCACGGCGGCGCAGAAGAGCCACUCGGGCGCCUACCAGUGCUUCGCCACCCGCAAGGCGCAGACGGCGCAGGACUUCUCCAUCAUCACGCUGGAGGAUGGGACCCCCCGCAUCGUCUCCUCCUUCAGCGAGAAGGUGGUCAACCCCGGGGAGCAGUUCUCCCUCAUGUGCGCCGCCAAGGGCGCUCCGCCGCCGACCGUCACCUGGGCGCUGGACGAUGAGCCCAUCCAGAGGGACAACGGGCACCGCACCAACCAGUACACCAUGUCGGACGGCACCACGGUGAGCCACAUGAACGUGACGAGCCCGCAGAUCAAGGACGGCGGCGUGUACCGGUGCACCGCGCGGAACUCGGUGGGCAGCGCCGAAUACCAAGCGCGAAUAAACGUAAGAGGUCCCCCGAGCAUCCGAGCGAUGAAGAACAUAACGGCAGUCGCGGGUAGGGACACUUUCAUCAACUGCAGGGUGAUCGGGUACCCGUAUUACUCCAUCAAGUGGUACAAGGACUCUUUGCUGCUGCCCGAUAACCACCGCCAAGUGGUCUUUGAGAACGGGACUCUGAAGCUGAUGGAUGUCCAGAAAGGCAUGGACGAAGGAGAGUAUGUCUGCAGCGUGCUGAUCCAGCCCCAGCUCUCCAUCAGCCAGAGCGUCCACGUCACGGUGAAAGUCCCUCCUCUGAUCCAGCCCUUCGAGUUCCCGCCAGCCUCCAUCGGGCAGCUGCUCUACAUCCCCUGCGUGGUCUCCUCCGGGGACAUGCCCAUCCACAUCACCUGGAGGAAGGACGGGCACGUCAUCCUCUCCGGCUCCGGGGUCACCAUCGAGAGCAAAGAGUUCAUGAGCUCCCUGCAGAUCUCCAGCGUCUCCCUCAAGCACAACGGCAACUACACGUGCAUCGCCAGCAACGCCGCCGCCACCGUCAGCCGCGAGCGGCAGCUCAUCGUGCGGGUGCCUCCUCGUUUCGUGGUCCAACCCAACAACCAAGACGGCAUCUACGGUAAAGCCGGGGUGCUGAACUGCUCCGUCGACGGGUACCCCCCUCCGAAAGUCAUGUGGAAGCACGCGAAAGGAAGCGGGAACCCGCAGCAGUACCACCCCAUCCCCCUCACGGGCCGCAUCCAGAUCCUUCCCAACAGCUCCCUGCUCAUUCGCCACGUGCUGGAGGAGGACAUCGGCUACUACCUGUGCCAGGCCAGCAACGGCGUGGGCACGGACAUCAGCAAGUCCAUGUUUCUCACCGUGAAGAUCCCGGCCAUGAUCACCUCCCACCCCAACACCACCAUCGCCAUCAAGGGCCAGACGAAGGAGCUCAACUGCACCGCCCGGGGCGAGCGGCCCAUCAUCAUCCGCUGGGAGAAGGGCGACACCGUCAUCGACCCCGACCGCAACAUGCGCUACGCCAUCGCCACCAAGGACAACGGCGACGAGGUCAUCUCCACCCUCAAGCUGAAGCCGGCUGACCGCGGCGACUCCGUCUUCUUUUCCUGCCACGCGAUCAACUCGUACGGCGAGGACCGGGGCUUGAUCCAGCUCACCGUGCAAGAGCCCCCCGACCCGCCGGAGCUGGAGAUCCGCGAGGUGAAAGCCCGCAGCAUGAACCUGCGGUGGACCCAGCGCUUCGACGGCAACAGCAUCAUCACCGGCUUCGACAUCGAGUACAAGAACAAGUCAGAUUCCUGGGACUUCAAGCAGUCCACGCGCAACAUCUCCCCGACCAUCAACCAGGCCAACAUCGUGGACCUGCACCCGGCCUCGGUCUACAGCAUCCGCAUGUACUCCUUCAACAAGAUCGGGCGCAGCGAGCCCAGCAAGGAGCUCACCAUCAGCACCGAGGAAGCAGCUCCGGACGGGCCCCCCAUGGACGUCACCCUGCAGCCCAUGACGUCCCAGAGCAUCCAGGUCACCUGGAAGGCGCCCAAGAAGGAGCUGCAGAACGGGGUGAUCCGCGGCUACCAGAUCGGGUACCGGGAGAACAGCCCCGGCAGCAACGGGCAGUACAGCAUCGUGGAGAUGAAGGCCACCGGCGACAGCGAGGUCUACACGCUGGACAACCUCAAGAAGUUUGCGCAGUACGGCGUGGUGGUGCAGGCCUUCAACCGCGCGGGGACGGGGCCGUCCUCCAGCGAGAUCAACGCCACGACGCUGGAGGACGUGCCCAGCCAGCCCCCCGAGAACGUGCGGGCCAUCUCCAUCACCUCGGACGUGGCCGUCAUCUCCUGGUCGGAGCCGCCGCGCAGCACCCUCAACGGUGUGCUCAAGGGCUACCGCGUCAUCUUCUGGUCCCUCUACGUGGACGGAGAGUGGGGGGAGAUGCAGAACAUCACGACCACGCGGGAGCGAGUGGAGCUGCGCGGCAUGGAGAAGUUCACCAACUACAGCGUGCAGGUGCUGGCGUACACCCAGGCCGGCGACGGCGUCCGCAGCAGCGUGCUCUACAUCCAGACCAAGGAGGACGUUCCAGGUCCCCCCGCCGGCAUCAAGGCCGUGCCGUCGUCGGCCAGCAGCGUGGUGGUGUCCUGGCUGCCCCCGGCGAAGCCCAACGGCAUCAUCCGCAAGUACACCAUCUUCUGCUCCAGCCCCGGCUCCGGGCAGCCGGCUCCCAGCGAGUACGAGACCAGCCCCGACCAGCUCUUCUACCGCAUCGCCCACCUGACCCGCGGGCAGCAGUACAUGCUGUGGGUGGCCGCCGUCACCUCCGCCGGCCGCGGCAACAUCAGCGAGAAGGUCACCAUCGAGCCCGCCGGGAAAGCCCCAGCCAAGAUCAUCUCCUUCGGCGGCACGGUCACCACGCCGUGGAUGAAGGACGUGAGGCUGCCGUGCAACUCGGUGGGGGAGCCGGCGCCUGCCAUCAAGUGGACGAAGGACAGCGAGGACACCGCCAUCCCCGUGACGGCGGACGGGCACCGGCUGAUCCAGGCCAACGGCACGCUGGUGCUGCGCGCGGUGAAGGCCGAGGACUCGGGCUACUACACCUGCACGGCCACCAACACCUGGGGCUUCGACACCAUCAUCAUCAACCUGCUGGUGCAAGUGCCCCCGGACCAGCCGCGGCUGACGGUGUCCAAGACCUCGGCCUCGUCCAUCACGCUGGCCUGGAUUCCCGGCGACAACGGCGGCAGCUCCAUCCGAGGCUUCGUGCUGCAGUACUCGGUGGACAACAGCGAGGAGUGGAAGGACGUGUUCAUCAGCUCCGCCGAGCGCUCCUUCAAGCUGGACAGCCUCAAGUGCGGCACCUGGUACAAGGUGAAGCUGGCGGCCAAGAACAGCGUCGGCGCCGGCCGCAUCAGCGAGAUCAUCGAGGCCAAGACCCACGGCAGAGAGCCCUCCUUCAGCAAGGAGCAGCACCUCUUCACCCACAUCAACGCCACGCACGCGCGCCUCAACCUGCAGGGCUGGAGCAGCGGCGGCUGCCCCAUCACCGCCAUCGUCCUCGAGUACCGGCCCAAGGGCAACUGGGGAUGGCAGAGCCUGCGCACCAACAGCUCCGGCGAGGUCUUCCUGACGGAGCUGCGCGAGGCCACCUGGUACGAGCUCCGCAUGAAGGCCUGCAACAGCGCCGGCUGCGGCAACGAGACGGCCCAGUUCGCCACGCUGGACUACGACGGCAGCACCAUCCCGCCUAUCAAGUCCGCCCAGGGGGAGGGCGACGACGUGAAGAAGCUCUUCACCAUCGCCUGCCCCGUGAUCCUGGCCACCCUCGGCGUGGCCCUGCUCUUCAUCAUCCGCAAGAAGAGGAAGGAGAAGCGGCUGAAGAGGCUGCGAGAUGCCAAGAGCUUGGCGGAGAUGCUGAUCAGCAAGAACAACCGGAGCUUCGACACCCCCGUGAAGGGCCCCCCGCAGGGCCCCCGGCUCCACAUCGACAUCCCGCGCGUGCAGCUCCUCAUCGAGGACAAGGAGGGCAUCAAACAGCUGGGGGACGACAAAGCUACGAUCCCGGUGACGGACACGGAGUUCAGCCAGGCCGUGAACCCCCAGAGCUUCUGCACGGGCGUCUCGCUGCACCACCCGGCUCUGAUCCAGAACACGGGGCCCCUCAUCGACAUGUCGGACAUUCGCCCCGGCACCAACCCGGUGUCGAGGAAGAGCGUGAAGUCUGCGCACAGCACCCGCAACAGGUACUCCAGCCAGUGGACCCUCACCAAGUGCCAGGCGUCCACCCCGGCACGGACCCUCACCUCCGACUGGAGGACCGUGGGCUCCCAGCACGGGAUCACAGUCACGGAGAGCGACAGCUACAGCGCCAGCCUCUCCCAGGACACAGACAAAGGGCGGAACAGCAUGGUGUCGACAGAAAGCGCGUCGUCCACCUACGAGGAGCUGGCCCGAGCCUACGAGCACGCCAAGCUGGAGGAGCAGCUGCAGCACGCCAAGUUCGAGAUCACCGAGUGCUUCAUCUCCGACAGCUCUUCGGACCAGAUGACCACCGGAACGAACGAGAACGCGGACAGCAUGACGUCCAUGAGCACCCCCUCCGAGCCCGGCAUCUGCCGCUUCACCGCCUCCCCGCCCAAGCCCCAGGACAGCGACCGAGGCAAGAACGUGGCCGUGCCCAUCCCGCACAGAGCCAACAAGAGCGACUACUGCAACCUCCCGCUGUACGUGAAGUCGGAAGCCUUCUUCCGCAAGCCGGACGCCCACGACCCGUGCCCCGUGGUGCCGCCCCGGGAAGCCUCCAUCCGCAACCUCGCCAGGGCCUACCACACGCAGGCCAGGCACAUGACGCUGGAGCCCGGCAGCAAGCCCCUGGGGCUGCCUCCCCCAGCCUCCUCCACAACGACUUUACCUCAAAGGACUCUCACCAUGCCAGGCUCGACCAGCGCCGCCGCUGCGCCCGCUGCCGCCGCUCCUGCCCCUGCCGCCGCCGCCGCCGAGCCCGCUGCCGCCGCCGGCGCCGAGCCGCGCAUGCCCACGCACACCAAAAUGGGAGGCUCGAGGGACUCGCUACUAGAAAUGAGCACGUCCGGUAUAGGAAGGUCUCAAAAACAAGGGGCUGGAGCGUAUUCCAAAUCCUACACUCUCGUGUAGGAAACUAGGAAGCAACCACAAUGAACUCUGCCGGUUUCCUGCGCUAUUUAUAUUUAAAUAACAAAAACUCUUGUACAUAAUGAACUCUUUUGUAUAAAUGAAACUAUUUUCUUCUUCUCCAAACAGAAAAAGAAACCAGGGCACAAAGAAUUUGAUGUUACAGAUUUAAAAAUAUAAUAUAUAUGUAAACAUAUAUAUAUAUAUUUCACAUCAUUUUGAAAGGGGCACAAGGAAAGACUCAGCGACUUUUUUUUCCCUGAUAUUGUCGGUGGUUUUGAAAAAGGAACGUCUCGAAGACAUUGCAUGCUAUUUUACUGUUCUGAAAACAACAGGAGUUGCUUCAAUUUGCAAAUGCUUAUGUGUUAAUACCUUUUUCUAUGAAAAAAAAACCAGCGCUGUGUGCAAUAAAGGUUAUGUUUAUA